AAAAUUUACAACAUAGAUUGAAGACAUUAAGAAAGCGAUCAUUUGGAAAAUAUAUUUUUACCUUCAUUUGCUGGCUGCUGUUGCAAGGCAAUGGCAAGCAUCAAGGUAAAAAUCCUGGCAAUUUUGUGCUUCAUACAAUUUUGUCAAAGUAAAAAUGUUCCAGGAUUUUUGUCUGAUCCACACAAAGAGUCAGACAACAGAAUAGUUGGGGGCGUUGCAGUAAAUAUAUUAAACUAUCCAUACCAGGUUUCCUUGCAGUAUCUGUAUCAUCAUAUCUGCGGAGGAGCAAUUAUUUCCAACAGAUGGAUUGCAAGUGCUGCUCAUUGCACCCAGCUCGACCCAGGUGCAUCGCCAACCCAGUUAUUCACCAUACGAAUGGGAACCUCAUUCGUUCAAUCCGAAGGAACCGUUUUAACCGUCAGCAGAACAAUCGAGCACCCUGGCUAUGGAAACAGUGCCAAUUUCUUCGACCAUGAUUUGAGCUUGAUUGAGGUGUCUAGGGAUAUUGUGUUCUCUAAUACCAUUCAGCCUGUUGCUUUGCCUGUUCCUCAUGCGCCUUUGAUUCCCGGAUCAAGAUGCGUGGUAAGCGGAUGGGGCCGACUAAGUGAGGGUGGUUCUAGUCCACUAGUGCUACAUGCGGUUACAGUUCCUUUGAUCAGCAUUAAAAGCUGCAAUGAGUACUACCAAAAUAGUCUCGGGGUGACUGAAACCAUGAUGUGUGCAGGAUCGCCAUAUGGAGGAAGAGACGCAUGCCAGGGAGAUUCUGGAGGUCCUUUAGUAGUUGACAAUAUUUUAAUUGGAAUUGUUUCAUGGGGGGCUGGUUGCGCUCGUCCCAAUUUCCCAGGAGUUUACGCAAAUGUUCCUUUCAUGAGAGAAUGGAUUACGGAAGUGACUGGAGUUACUCUCACCAUGAAGCUAAAAAUAUUAGCUCUUUUGUAUGUAAUACAAGUUUGCCAAAGUAAAACUCUUCCAGGUAUAUUUUCGCCACUAUUUAAACAACAGGACUCCAGAAUAGUUGGAGGAUCUCCAGUGAAUAUCGACAACUAUCCUUAUCAGGUUUCAUUGGAGUAUAUUUACAGCCAUAUGUGUGGGGGAGCGAUUAUUUCCAAUAGAUGGGUUUUAACUGCCGCUCAUUGCACACAACUCUUUCUUGCUUAUACACCUCCAUCACUAUUCACCAUCCGACUGGGGACAUCCUUUGUUGAAUCUGAAGGAGAACGCUUCACGGUAAACCAAGUAAUCGAACAUCCUGGCUAUGGGAACAGCGCGCAUUUUUUCGAUUAUGAUAUGUGUUUGAUUCAAGUUUCCAGAGAAAUUGUUUUCUCCAAUAGCGUCCAACCAGUUGCCCUACCAGCGCCGCAUGCCCCCUUAAUUCCCGGAUCAAGAUGUUUAGUCUCUGGUUGGGGUACUUUAACUGAGGGCGGAUCCAGUCCAUCUCAGUUGCAUGCAGUGGAGGUUCCAUUGAUUAGUAUUGAGAGUUGCAAUGAGUAUUACCAAAACGGUCUCGGUGUUACUGAAACCAUGAUGUGUGCAGGGUCUCCAUAUGGAGGAAGAGACGCAUGCCAAGGGGAUUCUGGAGGUCCUUUGGUAGUUGGCAAUAUCUUAAUUGGAAUUGUUUCAUGGGGAGCUGGUUGCGCUCGGCCAAACUUCCCAGGAGUUUACGCGAAUGUUCCAUUUGUAAGAGAAUGGAUUACGGAAGUCGCUGGUAUUUAACCAGCAUUUGCCAACAUUUGUUCCUUACCAUAUAGUGUUGUGGCGAUUUGCAUUAAAGGACUGACAUUUU